GUUGGCCGUAAGUUGCAAAUGUUGUAAAUGUAAACGUUACACAUGCGUAAUUCCUGCCACAACUGUAAAGCAGUUUUGGAGGCCUCUUUUUAACUCCGGCCUCUUCCCCCCCCCUCCAGGCAGCGCGACUGAGAACCGCAGCCAUGUCCGACUUUGUGGAAAGCGAAGCGGAGGAAUCGGAGGAGGAGUACGACGCAGACGGAGAAGUGGUCACGAGACCACCCAAAAAGUUUGUGGAAGAUGAAGAUGAGGAGGAGGAAGAGGAGAACCUGGACGACCAGGAUGAACAAGGGAACCUGAAAGGCUUCAUCAAUGACGACGACGAUGAAGACGAGGAGGAGGAGGAAGAGGCCAGCGAUUCAGGAGACUCGGAGGACGACGUUGGCCGGAAGAAGAGAAAACGCAAUUUUGAUGACCGCCUGGAAGACGAUGACUUUGACCUCAUUGAAGAAAACCUGGGUGUCAAAGUGAAACGCGUGAGUAUCAUUGGGGUCCCUGGUGCCAUCGCCUGCAAACCAAGUAUUCAGUUUACAGACCAACGUGGAAAGAUGAAUACCAAAAUCUCAGAGAUAGAAGUUAUCCAGCCCUCCAUUUCUCUCCAAGCAAUGUCAUCUUUCAGUUAA